AUGAAAAUACACUCGCUUCUAAGCUUCACUAGAAGCUAUGCCAAGCUUUCAUUUAUAAAGAGUAAGCCAAAAGUAUCUAACCCUGAGGCGGUAGCAACUACUUCGGCAAUCACACAAGUACAUCCAACAACGCCAGUUCGAGCAAGAUUUGCUCCAUCACCAACAGGUUUCUUACAUCUAGGUUCCUUACGAACAGCAUUAUACAACUACCUCCUUGCCAAAAAUACCAAAGGAUCAUUCAUAUUGCGUAUUGAAGACACUGACAGAACAAGAUUAGUAGAAGGGGCGGAAACUAAUAUUUAUAAUACUUUGAAAUGGUGUGGAUUGAAAAUCGAUGAAGGACCAAUUGAAGGGGGAGAAUAUGGUCCAUACAGACAAUCUGAAAGAAAAGAGAUAUAUAAGAAAUAUGCUGAUAUGUUAUUAGAAAAAGGAUUGGCUUAUAAAUGCUAUUGUUCAAAAGAAAGAUUGAAUCACCUUACUGAAUCUGCCAAAUUAUUAAAACCACCAACAAAUGUAACAUAUGAUAGAAAAUGUUUACAUACCGAAGAAGACGGUCCUUCCUAUGUUAUUAGAUUCAAAUCACCAGAAGAGUAUGACCCAAUAGUUGAUCUUCUUCAUGGAACAGUCCAAUUCCAACCGCAAUACAAUUAUCAGGAUCGAAGAUAUGAUGAUUUCGUGAUUGUGAAAACGGAUGGAAUGCCGACAUAUCAUUUUGCCAAUGUCGUAGACGACCAUUUAAUGAAGAUAACCCAUGUCGUAAGGGGUGAAGAAUGGUUACCUUCUACUCCUAAACAUUACGCCUUAUACAAGGCAUUUGGCUGGACACCACCUGCAUAUGUCCAUAUUCCAUUAUUGACUUCAUUGAAAGAUAAGAAAUUACUGAAGAGGCUGGGAGAUUUGAAUAUUUUUACAUUGAAAGAUAAAGGAGUCUUACCUGAGGCUUUGAUCAAUUUUGUUGCAUUGUUCGGUUGGGCACCAGUUCGUGAAACCCCAGGGGAGAGUGUAAGUGAAGUCAUGAAGCUUGAAGAAAUUGUUGAAAAGUUUUCAAUUGAUCAUUUGACUAAAGGGAAUGCUAAAGUAAGUGAUUCGAAAUUGUAUUGUUUCAAUAAACAUCAUUUAUUUAAUAAAUUAAAUGACCCUAUUGAAUUUGAACAACUCGUUGAUGAAUAUUAUCCCAAGUUUUCAAAAUUGACCAAUUGUAAUAAAGACUAUUUCAAAAAAGCCUUAAAAUAUGUUACUCCAAAUCUCACCACAAUGAAUGAUUUUGAGAACCAUUACAUGUAUCUUUUCCAAGAUGUUGAUUUGACCGGCGCAAUCCCACCAAAUGAACAUACCCAGGCGAUUCUUGAACAAAUCUUGAAAGGUGAUCUUUCUGACGUCAACUCAUGUAUAAACAAGAUUGUUGCUGAUUCAAACAAGCAAAUAUCGAAAAAGGAUGUGUUUUUAAGUUUGAGAUAUGCCAUAUCUGGACGUACAUCAGGAUUAUCAAUCCCACAAUAUAUGGAUCUUUUAGGUUUACAAGAGAUUAAGAAACGAAUUCAAAAUGCUAUCAUCCACAUAGAAAACAAAUCGUAA